UCUCUCUUCAUAUUCUUUCCUCACUUUCAUUCCUGUCUUCUGAUGAAAAAAUUUGUCCUCCAUCUUCAUCUUCUCUUCUUUUAUGAUUGCCUUACUUCCACAAACCUCUUCUCUCAUGUUUAAUAUGACAGUUAAAGGUGGGACAAGUCAAGCUUGUGCAUCAUGCAAAUACCAAAGAAGAAGAUGCCAUGAUGAUUGUGCAAUGGCGCCAUAUUUUCCACCAGAUCGAUUAAAGCAAUUCCUGAACGUCCAUCGUCUCUUUGGGGUAAGUAAUGUUCAGAAGCAUCUGCAGAGACUACAUGAAUCCCAAAAAUCAGAGGCAAUGAAGGCUAUCAUAUAUCAAGCCAAUGCCAGGGAAAGAGACCCAGUAUAUGGCUGCCUUGGAGUCAUUGUCAGGCUACAGAGGGAGAUAGAGUACACACAGAGGGAGCUCAAUUUGGUUAAGUGUCAGAUCCUAUUUUAUCAGCAACAGUCAGAUUUCCAGGCGAGAAAGGAGCAUCAUCAGAGGCAGCAGAUGACAUCCUUUAUUGGAGAGAGCUGCUAUCAGGCAACAGAGUACGGUGAUGUCAUAGAAUUGAAUAGUAAUGGCCACAUGACGCAGGAGUAUCUGAAUUCUUCUUCAUUUCAACAAUCCAUGAUACCUUGCGAAAUUGACUUGAAGGAUUUCAAUUCACAGAGUUUUUAUCAGGCUACUCCUGACCAAGACUAUGAAGAUAUUAAGCCAUUCGAUCAAUUCUUUUUCGAUGCCAAGGAUGACAUCAAUGAUUACAAAGAUGCUUAUGAAUCCAGUGCUGAAUCUUCAUUCAAGGAAGUGCAAUCAGCAGAUCAUGUGCCUGAGGAAGAACUCAAGUCUCUACAGCCUUCAAUUCUUGCUAAAUAGGGCCAUGCAUUCCCUUUGUCCCAAUAAACUCUGUUGAGUAAACUAUGUUUAUAUUAAGAUGCAAUUAAACUAUUGAUAUAAAAAAAGCGAAUGAAAAGUUGAAGGCCAAUAAGGUUAGUGCAUAUGCUUUUUCUGAGUAUG